ACUUUCAUCCAACCAUCACUCACUACCAAUACUUGCCUUUGCUUUUGGUUUCUAGAGAGAUUUAGAAGAUGGAGAACAAGGAGGAGGAUGUGCGGUUGGGAGCCAACAAGUUCCCGGAGCGGCAGCCGAUCGGCACGGCCGCGCAGACGCAGGACAAGGACUACAAGGAGCCCCCGCCCGCCCCGUUGUUCGAGCCCGGUGAGAUCACUUCGUGGUCGUUCUACCGGGCCGGGAUCGCCGAGUUCAUCGCGACUUUCCUCUUCUUGUACAUCAGUAUCCUGACCGUCAUGGGCGUUCAGAAUUCCCCGUCCAAGUGUGCGUCUGUCGGGAUCCAGGGCAUCGCCUGGGCUUUCGGUGGCAUGAUCUUCGCUCUCGUUUACUGCACCGCCGGAGUUUCAGGCGGACACAUCAACCCUGCGGUGACGUUCGGCCUGUUCCUCGCGAGGAAACUGUCGCUGACACGGGCGGUGUUCUACAUGGUGAUGCAGUGCCUUGGGGCCAUCUGUGGGGCCGGGGUGGUGAAGGGGUUCCACAAGACUCUCUACAUGACCAAGGGAGGCGGCGCCAACGUGGUCAACCACGGCUACACCAAGGGCGAUGGCCUCGGCGCUGAAAUUGUCGGGACGUUCGUGCUCGUCUACACUGUCUUCUCUGCCACCGAUGCCAAACGAAGCGCCAGAGACUCCCAUGUCCCGAUAUUGGCUCCAUUGCCAAUUGGAUUUGCAGUCUUCUUGGUGCACUUGGCAACUAUUCCUAUUACUGGAACUGGUAUUAACCCUGCAAGAAGUCUUGGAGCUGCAAUCAUCUACAACAAGAAGGCAGCUUGGGAUGAUCAUUGGAUUUUCUGGGUCGGACCAUUCAUCGGGGCGGCCCUCGCGGCCCUAUACCACGUGGUGGUGAUUAGAGCCAUCCCAUUCAAGAACAAAUGAUAAUGUUCUUUCUUGUCCCACACAAUGAAAGCAGUCCCUUUUGAUCAUUCAGCUUGUAUCAUUAAAUUUGUUUGAAGAAACAAUAUUGAGAUGAAGAUGAUGGUGUGAGAGGGAGACUGAAAAACAUAUCCAUAUUGUAAAUUUCCAUAUUUUCAUAUUUUAUUUGGUUUGCUGUGUGUAUUAAAUCAACUGUGUAGGAGAAUGUCAAUUAUGUGAUGGGAUAAUGCUGAAUAAAAAAUGGGAGGGUUUUGAAAUUAA